ACAUGUGUAUUUAUUGCUUCGGCAACAUGGCGCUCUCCAACGCUGUGUGUUGAAGCGGUUCGAGAAUUUUUGCUGUCAAAGCGAGAUCCCCGAACGGAAUUUGUAACGCGAGCUGAUAAUCUCGCUUACGAUAGCCCUGCUUUAUCGUAAGCCAAAUCGCCGCCACUUUGUGAGGCAUGUUUGGGUCGACGAACACGUCAGUAAACUUCGGCGGCGGGGUGGGCAUGUUUUCCGGAGCGGCGGCCACCGGCACGCAUAAUCCAAUGAAGGACUUCGAAGUAGUCUCGCCGCCGGAGGACUCCAUCAGUAGCAUGGCGUUCAGUCCGGCAUCCCUGCCUCAGAACUUUCUCGUUGCUGGGAGCUGGGAUAACCAGAUCAGGUGUUGGGAGGUGCAGAGCACGGGGCAGACCAUUCCCAAAGCGCAACAGACGCAUCAGGGUCCCAUUCUCGACGUAGCUUGGAGCGACGAUGGAAGCAAGGUGUUCUCUGCCUCUUGUGACAAAACUGUCAAGAUGUGGGAUCUGAACAGCAAUCAAGCCAUGUCUAUAGCACAGCACGAUGCACCAGUGAAAACAGUACAUUGGGUGAAAGCCCCGAAUUACAGCUGCAUCAUGACAGGAAGCUGGGAUAAGACCCUGAAGUUUUGGGACACCAGGACACCGACGCCAAUGCUCACCAUCAACCUUCCGGAACGCUGCUACUGUGCUGAUGUUGUGUACCCCAUGGCCGUCGUCAGCACGGCAGGCAGGCACAUCAUCAUCUACCAGCUCGAGGGCCAGCCCCAAGAGUACAAGAAGAUUGAAUCGCCACUCAAGUACCAGCAUCGGUGUGUGUCCAUAUUUCAAGACAAAAAGGCACAGCCGAAUGGCUUUGCCCUUGGAAGCGUCGAAGGACGCGUGGCCAUCCAGUAUGUGAAUCCCCAGAACCCCAAGGACAACUUCACAUUCAAGUGUCACCGUGCCAAUGGCACAACAAACGGCUUUCAGGAGAUUUUCGCGGUCAAUGACAUUGCAUUUCACCCUGUUCACAUGACGUUAGCAACGGUAGGCUCAGACGGCAAAUUCAGCUUCUGGGACAAGGAUGCCCGCACCAAGCUGAAGACAUCUGAACAGAUGGAACAGCCGAUCACCCGUUGCUGCUUCAAUGCUCGUGGCGAAAUAUUUGCCUAUGCAGUCAGCUAUGACUGGUCAAAGGGCUACGAGUUUCACAACCCUCAGAAGAAGAACUAUAUUUUCCUGCAUUCCUGCUUCGAGGAACUCAAGCCAAGGGCCAAGAAGUGAAUUCCUUCGUCACAAAAUGUAAAGACUCAAAUAAACUGUCCAAGUGGACAAAAUCGUGCUGGCCAAA